GUGAACAAAGUGCAUGCUUUUGUUCACUUUCCAAAUUGACGAACAUGCCCGUGCUAUAGCUUUAGAGUUAGCAGGCUGGGCUGUGGAUUUGUGAACAUUGGAAAUGUGUAUAGUAGACGGUGGGUUCAUUAUGUGGGACGCGUUUUCCUUACAAAUUUAGAAACGCAAUGCUGAAUCCGCAGCAACCGGAUGAGCUAUACCAUGUCACACCUUCUUUGAGGCCAUGCAUCUUGCAGCCUAUAGUGUUAGCUAAACCAUAAUACCAGCAGAACUCCGGUCAUGUUGACCUUCUGUUAUCGGUGAGGUAUACUUUAGUUAGGGGCAAGCCGGUGCAUAACUCAGGAAUGUAAGAUAGCGAGUGUCCGAGUUCAGCGGUACCAUAUGAACUAUUAACUUCCAGCAGAGCUUAGGGUUUGCAUUUGAACUCUAUCCUGAUGCAAGAAUUUGGGCCUACGGGCCCCAACGACUGUUCCUUCUGGCCAUACAGAUGAGCGCCUCCAUGGUUUCGGUGCUUCCGAGGCAGGCGGUGUACGUGUUCCCACCUCUAGAGCUCUUCGACCCGAUCUGCGUGCGCCUGGUCGUGGACAGCAUGGACUCCUCAACGACCGUUGCCUGUCUCUUGGGCUUCUUCAAGCUCAUCUGCGAGCACGCCUACCGUAAGGUGUUGCAGGCCAGCGACCGCGACGGCCUGUGGCUGGACGAAGUUCCCGUGACCGACGCGUUCCUGGAACGGGAGCUCGGUUCGCUCUGCACCCCCGGCCCAGACGCUCCGAGGCCAACCAUGGACGACUUCUACCUGCUGCUCAGUGUCAUGCUGUGCAACCUCCCACGCGUCCAGGGCUCCAACCUUAGCAGGACCUGGUUCCAGAACCGCACCAACGACCUGGUGGCGUUGUUCCCGGCCGUGUCGGCGCCUCCGCGGGUGCCGCUGUACCAGGCCGACCAGGCGGAAGCCAUCGCCCAGUUCGGCGAGCAGUGGCCGUACACGCGGGCCGCCGUGUGCCGGGCGUUGCUCCACGCUCGCUUCGCGGGGCCCGCGGCGCGGCUGCAGGAGUACGUGAGCGUGGGCUGGCGCUUUGCCGGCAUGAAGCACGUCCACCUGGUUCUGGAGUUCCUCACGGAGCGCAACUCCUGGGUCCUGGACGCCGUCCCCGAGUUGCGUGCAAACAACAACCGCCUGCAGGCCUUCCUCAGGGCGUACCAAUCUCUGGGUGCCGACGGACCCUACAUGAAGCUGCUGCAUCUUCCGGAGGCGGUCACGUCGUUGCGCAAGUACCUGGGCUUGCACGUGGCUGCCGCGUACGCGCUGGCGGUUGUCGAGGACGACAACUGGCUCAACUACAAGGGCGUGCCAAGGGACAGGGACGAGCAGGCCAUCAUCGAGAAGAUCAGGGCCAUGAAGGAGGUGGCCCGAGGCACGUCGGACCGCGACACGCUAGUUCCCAAAGAAUCGGCGGACGUCUGAUCACAGCGUGGACGCCAAUCCACGAGUCUCUGCCACGGUUCAUAGUACACGAAGCACUUAUUGGCCUAUGACGAAGGCAAAAUGAAUGACGCGAACGAGAAGGAACUCGCGAGCAUGUAUGUUGUUUUUCUUGCACCUGACCUGCCCUUAAAGGACGCAGGCAUUUCCAGAUAGGGGUGUCAGCG